CGUCGCCGUCAAAAGCUCCGACGUCCCCCCAUCACGGCGUCAUCGCUGAUCCAUCUCGAUCUUCUGCGCUUCAGACCACCGAUCGAUCAUCAGAUCCGAUGCGGAUAGCACUGCUAUUUCAGCUCCCAGUCCCCCGGCUCUAAUGAGCUCUGCUCCUUGCUUGCUGUUUGAUCCAUUUUCCAUGGCAGGAUGGUGGUGUUUGUCGACUAUGAUCGGGAUACAUACGACGAUGCGUUGUAUCCCCUUCCGGAGCACUCAAGACCUCUGGACGCCUAUGUCGUCCCCAGCAAGCCUCUGCUCUCCAAGCUGACGACUUCUCCCCUCGAAAGUGCUUCUUUUUCUGCCCAACCGGUCUCCCCGAAGCAACAAGGAAGCGGAGCUGCUGGACAGCCUGGGACACGCGACAGCGAGGAGAGCCCCGUCGAAGAACAGCAGAAGCCGAAUGUCAAUGCAUUCUCUGCCGCUCUGAGUUGCUACCCAAUCGUCAAGGAAAUUGCGAAAUCGGUUGACUUGAACACGCUGCAUGCGCUCUCGAGAACAUGUCGUCAGUUUCGCGUGAACCUGCUGCCUUACCGCGACCAGCUGAUCAAGCAGACCCUACGCUGCGAAAACGAAUACAUCGAGACUCUAUCAGACAUGCUAGGCGAUGGCGCUGUCCUGCCGGAUAACCUAAAGAACAUCCUCCGCUUGCUGAGUCGAGACACAGUUGACCUUGGGAAGUUGACCAGCGGCAAAGUUGGGAGAUGCGCCCGGGAUAUGGUUUCUGAAUGCCGGAGAUGCUCGAGGGUUGUGUGUAGGAAUUGCUGUAUCAAACCGCCGAGCAGUGCUAUGCUCAAGAACCGUCUGCGCCGUCUCUGCACAACAUGCCGCACAGCACCGCUCCACUAUCUUUUAACGCAAUAUUCCGCAACGACAGCUGACGACGCGAUCGUAUCGUCUCCUUCUACGGGUUUCACUGCGUCCGCUUUUAUACGUGAACCAUGUUCCUGCGAAGAGGCUGUCUGGCUGUGCCAGCCAUGCGGUCAGACACUUCGCAGCGAUGAUACCACCUACAGACGGGUAUGGACGUGGCGAACUCGUUACAGCACCUACCUUGGAGGAGGCCUAGGCACGGGUAUCGGCGAAGGUUGCCAGGGUGUGAAAUGCGGCCGAGGCGAACAUUGCUUGGCAGCUCAGGAAAUCGAGCUGGAAGUUUGCGACGCAGAUGAACGAGCCGCUGGAGUACACGAUCACCAUGUACACGGCAAUGUGACUUCGCACAACCACGAGCGAUCUGACUCACCCCAUGUCGACUCUCUAGAUAACAGGGACGGUGAGGAACCCGGAUACUUCAAGCAGGAAAUUGUCGGAAUCGGGGGCGUCGUGAAAUGCAAAGCAAAGAAGAGAGUUACAGUUGGGUCGUGUGUCCUCGAAUACGAAGACGAACGGGAGACCGGCAAGUAUUUGAGAAGAGAGGAAAGCGGCCAGGACAGAAGUUGGUGCGGAUGGUGCUGGAGAGUUGUCCCUGGUAAGCAUGACCGGCUUGAGCUGUAA